GCUGAGAUGAAAUCGGGGAGAUACAUAUAUUGAAAUCAAGAAAUAACUACACCCGCCUGGUCGUCGAUAAACGUUAAACCAUCACCACAGGCUGAGGUAUGGCCUCCUUGCUACCUGAUUCCAACCCAAAACGUUUGACUCACCAUCGUUCUUAUACACAUUCUCCAGGCGCCACUAUCUCUCUCGGCUCGUUGCCACAGAUUGCACAACACCGCCCUAUCUUUCGCUUCCAGAAUGACUAUUCCUCUGACAGCGAUAAUGGUCUCCUCAGCCCCCAGUCAGCUGGAAAAAAAGCAAGUCCAUUACGGGUCGAUACUCACUUGGGCGUAACCUUUUCACGAACCUCGCCUCAAAGCCUCAGCCCAAACGUUCCCAGCAGUCCUUCCUCGCCCCAGAGAACCAAUUCUGCCUCUAAUGGUCGGCCUCUCAAACCCUCACUCAAGGGAUCGUCACGUUCAUCAUCUGUCCCUGAUACUAUGCCCUUGGUGCCUAUUCAUCAUUAUCGUGCUCGGUCUGCCCCCUCUACACCUGCUGAUUCUUAUCAUGAGCAUCCUUGCCACAAAAGCGUUCACUUUCCUAGCCACCAGCUCGAAACGGUUCGCGUGUUCAAUAAGUCUGCGAAACCCGCUUCCCUCCUUCGAUCUAUUCCCUCUUCCGAUGCGGAGACCGAAACCGAGACCGACGAUGGCUCUUCUCGUAUUGCAAGGACCCCACGAUUCCCAUUUCCAUUGGCUAUCCCCUCGUACUCCCUGUCUCCAUUGACCGACCCCGUGCCAAGCCCUACAGCCCCAAGAGAGCGGUCUAAUAUCAUACUAGAGUCCUUGACUCUCCCCCAAUCAACACUGGCGCUCAAAGGCACGCUUCUCGUGCGCAAUAUUUCAUACGAGAAGCUGGUCUACGUCAGGUUCACCCUUGACGAAUGGCAAACGACGUCUGAAGUAGCCGCUCGGUAUCAGACGUCUUUGCCUUCGUUACCCCAGGCUGUUUCGCCCGAGAGGAACCUUACUGUAGGUGAUGUCGCCGUAGGUGUUACUACUGGAGGACCUCAGGCUGGCACUUGGGACCGCUUCGAAUAUAUAAUCAAACUGGGAGACUACACUUCGAACCUUAUCAAUCGCACCAUCUUUCUGGUCGCUCGAUAUUCCGCACGUGGAGGUGAAUGGUGGGACAAUAACGCCGGGAAAAACUAUCGUGUGGCCUUCAUUCGGAGCCCUAACCACGCGUCACCUGCAAUGAUCAAGAAAGCCCGUGCCCAGGCUGUACCUCUGACAAAAGCUCCGUCUGAGAGCUCGGUUCCGUUCCCAACGAUUGCUCCUUCCUCUUUCCCCUCGAGACCCACCCUAUCACCACCAACUCUUUCGCCUCCUCCGCGACAUAACCGUGCGCAGUCGGAGGCGACGCUUCGGCAUUGUCUGAAAGGCUUCAGGCUGGCCAACUAUGCCAAAUACAACGCUGUCCCUCCGCUACUGAGUCCUAUCACAGACAAAGCGGAGGGCACUGGCAUGUUUUGGUUUGGGGGUUCCGAGUCCAAGCCACAGACGGGUACUGGUUCUCCGGCGCACUCCGAUGGGGAUAGUGAUGUCACGCCUGCUCUAUCGAGAGGCAGCAACUCCCCACCGGACUCGCCCAUUGAGGAAUGGGCGAAUCCAUUGGAAGCACCGCUGUAUGCCGAGCCAGCAAGUCUUCCAGUUCCCUCUGAUGCCAUGGUGCCUGAACCCAAAUUGGAAUCGCUGUCAUCACCACUUCUACCCGGUGUCUCUCUGAUUCCCCCUCCUACUCUGCGAUUGGGGAAAAAAUCAUCUACUACUCCCUCAUCCUCACCUGAGGACCUUUAUAAUACCCUUUUGAAGCAAUGGUGCUUUGCUUCAUCAUCACUGGAGAAGGGGCAGAAGGGAUGAUAUGCCAUCCAUGUUAUAUGACUGCCCUCAUAUGUCUUUUAUUCAUCUUUUCACUCUCCUUUGUAUGUGUUUUCCUCUCAUUUAUGUACCAACUUUUGUACUACCACUUACUCAUUCCUACUUAUGUACUUGUACUCCUCAUGUAUGUAUAGUAGUACUACACUCAGCUUGCUGUCAUGCAUGUACCUACCCUUAUCAUCGUCACAUGU